AUGAUAGUCUUCGGCGAGUGGGAAGACGCGAAUUUAGAGGUUAAAUACACGGAUGUAGACUAUUUGGUAUUCACCGACGCGGCUCGGCUGGUUACCCUAGGUCGUUCGCCGUUUGAGCGUUACACGUACCGCUAUUCGCCGCUGCUCGCGUGGAUCCUCGUGCCGAAUGUCCUGGUUCACCAGCUCUGGGGAAAGCUGCUGUUUUCGGCAGCGGAUCUGCUAGUGGGCCAUCAGAUUCGAUCACUGCUGCUCCUACGUGGCAUCUCUGACCGCGUGGCAAUCCUGUGUGCUGCCACGUGGCUCUUCAACCCCUUCACAGUCACCAUCGCUACACGUGGCAACUGUGACGCCCUUGCUGCUGCUCUCAUUCUCCAAGUGCUGCUGGGACUGCUGCAGGGCCAUAUCACAUCUGCUGCCUUUUGGUUCGGCAUCGUGGUGCAUUUCCGAGUCUACCCGAUAAUUUACGCUCUGCCCUUCGUCCUGUACCUCUUCCACACCUAUCCGCUUCGAAGCAUCUCACAACAUGACGAUCCCAGUGACAGCAGCGGUGCUACAGCUACGAAGCAACCUACAAACGGCAGUAGCUCCAAGAGCGCCAGCUCACCACCCACUUCUGCCAUCUCUGCUACAGCUGCCGCUACAGCCAGCUCAAAGUCAGGACAAAAAUCAGCUACAGGUGCUGCUACAGCGAAGACCAAGUCAGGACAACAAAUCUCAUCUGCAGCUACUGCUACAGCCAGCUCACUGGCUCAUGUUGUUAAGGGCCUUCUGUUGCCGGUAGAGUUCGGUGCGGUUUCGGGUGGCACUUUUGUCCUCGUUACAGCGUUGUGCUGGAGACUGUACGGGGAUCAGUUUCUUAACGAGUCGCUACUGUACCAUGCGUCUCGGUCCGACCAUCGCCACAACUUCUCAACUCACUUUUAUGCAAUAUACCUGAUGACCAAUCAGCAAGCGCCUUCUGUCACGAGCCGAAUUCUCUCCUUCCUGCCACAGCUACUGCUGCAGCUCACCUUCUCCUUCAAGUUCUAUCACGACCUCCCCUUCUGCCUCUUCGCACAGACCUUUGCCUUCGUGGCCUUUAAUAAGGUGUUUGCCAUCAUGUCCUUUGAUAAGGUAAUAACCUCACAGUGA